CGCCUGCGGCCGCGGGGGCUCUUCACUCGCCAACGCCCGGGAGGCCGGUGACCUCUUGGCCGCCCGCCUCGGAGGCUCAGAUGGCUCAGGCGAAAAUAAACGCGAAAGCCAACGAGGGGCGCUUCUGCCGCUCCUCCUCCAUGGCCGACCGCUCCAGCCGCCUGCUGGAGAGCCUGGACCAGCUGGAGCUCAGGGUUGAAGCUUUGAGAGAAGCAGCAACUGCUGUUGAGCAAGAGAAAGAAAUCCUCCUGGAAAUGAUCCACAGUAUCCAAAAUAGCCAGGACAUGAGGCAGAUCAGUGACGGAGAAAGAGAAGAAUUAAAUCUGACAGCAAACCGACUGAUGGGACGAACUCUCACUGUUGAAGUUUCAGUAGAAACAAUUAGAAACCCCCAGCAGCAAGAAUCCCUAAAGCAUGCCACCAGGAUAAUUGAUGAGGUGGUCAAUAAGUUUCUGGAUGAUUUGGAAAACGCCAAGAGUCAUUUAAUGUCUUUGUAUAGUGCAUGUUCAUCUGAGGUGCCACCCGGGCCAGUUGAUCAGAAGUUUCAAUCCAUAGUCAUUGGCUGUGCUCUUGAAGAUCAGAAGAAAAUUAAGAGAAGAUUAGAGACUCUGCUUAGAAACAUUGAAAACUCUGACAAGGCCAUUAAGUUGUUAGAGCAUUCUAAAGGAGCUGGUUCCAAAACUCUGCAACAAAAUGCUGAAAGCAGACUUAAUUAAUGUUCAAACUUAAAAGCACUAACAUAUGAUAUAAAAAUGAUUAAAUAUUUUAAAUAACUAGGUCUUUGUUAGGAACAAUCACUCAUUUGAUACUGAAAGUUGAUUCAGAUAUGGAAAAUACUUGAGUCCUCAAUUUUGUUAAUAAUACAGUUCAAAUUAGAAAUAUUUUAAUUAUCUUUCUAGAAGUUUUUAGAUUGAAUUCUUGUCUUGUACUAGGAUCUAGCACCUAAUAUAUCUAUUUUUUUUACUAUUCUGUGGGUACUUAGUAUAUGGGGGAGGGGGGAAUAAGUGUUCACCUAGGGGUAGAAGCAUCACUGUUCCAUCGUGGACUUUGUCUGGCAUGGAGAUGCAUGGGCAUGGGGGCAUUUGGUGAACUAGAAAUUCUUUACCUUAAGCAGCACACGUACAACACAUCUACUGUUCGUUAACCAGGUAAUGUGCUUAGUGUUACAAAGAAUCACAAAGUAAGAAUCUUUCUUUACAGCUUCUCUUUCAUCCAGCAUUUUUUUAGGCAUCCAUAUCAAAUUAUUUUGAAAUUUGAGACUUACACAUCUCAUAAUACGAAAUGUAUUUCUUGAAAUACAUGAAAAAGUGACAUAAAAUGUGAGAAAAUUCACCUCUAGUUUUAACCACUGUGAACAAUUAUAUGUCCAUUUCAUGUUGUCCCAAGUGCAUUGUUUCUUUAAAAUUUUAAUCAUUACAGAUAAAGUGUUGUAACUUGCCUUUUAAAAAAUGCUGCUAUAAGAUCUGCUUAUUAGUUAAUCUCUAUUCUGAGUGGUUGUACCAUAAAUUACCCAUUUCCUUUCCUGGAUAUUCAGGUUGUCUCCAUUUUGUUGUUAUUGCAACAUAUUUAUGUACAGAGAUUUUCCUUCUUUUGUUUUUUAUUUGCUUUGUAUAAAUUCCCGGCAGUGGGAUUCACAAGGUUAAAGGGUUAUCUACAUUUCCAUGGCCUGACAAAUUUUCAAAAAUUUUUCUGUAAGUUACAUUGAUUUAUACUUCUUCAGUAAUUAAAAUGUAGUUAUUUCACUAAAAGCUUUCCAGCAUUUUUCAUCUAACAUUAGAUAUGAAACAUGGGUUUUAUUUUGUUUAUUAACAAGGUUGACCAGUGUACUGAUUAUGCAUUGUGGUAAAUGAAGUAACAUAGAAUACUUGUUUGUUCAAAGUCAAGCUCCAGAUUGGUUUUAUGUAUUUAUAUCUCUCAGUGCAAACAAUACAGAGCCUCAUUUUCUGGACAAAAAUGCCAAAUUAGUGUCUCUUCAUAAAAAGCAAUUACAAUCUUAGGACAUUCAUGUUAGCUUUGAUUGCCAGCUCUAAGUCUGACUCAUUUAAAUGUUUCCAUUUCAUGAGAAACACUAAUUCUCACUGGUAGCUAUGGCAAAGUCUCUGGAUUUGUCAGCAGGCUGUAAUUUGCUAUCAGGUUCAAUGUCAGAUAAAGAUUUUCUUUUGUGCUUUUUUAUCAGCUUUUUGAAAAUUAAGAAACAGACAAUCAAGUGCUCAGGAAGUGUCAGCGUCUGUAAAUCCCUUUCACUCUGGAAAAUACUCCCACAUCAGUACAGGACUAUUUCUACCACACACUAUUCCAGCUUUGCCUCCCCAACCUCUGUAUACUUUGCCUUCCAUUUUUUACACUGGGGUUUUAUUAUAGGCCCACCCAGUCAGAGAUAUAAAAGAGCUAUGACCUGGCAGCUCCAAGCUGCUUCAGCCCCUGGUCUGCAGCCCUCUAUCUGCAGCAUGAGUCACAUUCAAGGGUGUAGGAUGUUCACCAUAUUGUUAAGAGUAUAUUAUCAUUUAUUAGAAUGGAAUCUAUUCUUACAAAAUUCCCGAGACCAUUUUUAUCUUCAUGUUUUAAAAUUAUCUUUUAUAAAGAUAAUAGGUUUGACUGUAAGUUCAUUUAAAAUAUUUUGUUUAGCUUGGUAUAUUCCCUAUCAGCCCUAUCCUAAUUCCAUUCUAUUCCUAGGAUGUAACAGAAUUUUAGGCAGCCCUUCUCCAUCCCUCAUGAUACUGCUUCUCAGUAGUGUUCCUAUCCCCACUUGACUCUCAGGGAGGGAGGAUGUAGCCAUCAGGACCUCAGAACUGAUGAAAGAUCACUCACUAUUUAUCAAUGGAACCAGGACAAUGCUGUCUAGUUAAAAAAACACUGAAGAAUUGAUCCUCCUCAUAUUUUAGUUUCAGAACCCCUGACAUUAAAAAAAAAAAAAAAAUCCCUAAAGGUUUCAACAGGACGGGGAAGGUAGGUAGCUCUAACAGUAAUAAAUAUGUACUGGUGUGUUCCAGCACUACACCCCUCCCAGUGCCAAUGCUGCAACCUCUAGUGGGCACCAUUCACCCCUGUAUUCUAUAUGAAUGUUAUUAGCCAAGUGUACUCUCAAGCAGAGGGACUUAAGUGCAAGCCUAGUCCUUUGUACUGGUGGAGUUCAGUCUAUCACCUUGACUCAAAAUGCUCAGAAUUCUUCCUAAAAAGUUGAUCAACUAACUGGAUAACUCUGCUUUGACAUUUUAAAAUAGAAAGCAUGCAAGAAUUUAACCACUGAAGGUAACAGUAAGGUUAUUGCUAAAUUACAUGCGAUGAUAUCUAAUGAAAUAACAUUCAUGCACAUUGUUCUUUUCAAAUGAUCUAUUGUGAUAAAUUCUGAUCCACUUGGAGUCCAUAAAUGCAAUAAUUCUAUUUUGCAAUUAUUCGAUGAUAAAAAUGAAAGUAAAAGAAUUCAGAAUCUUGGAAAAGUCAGGGGAAAAAAAGCAGUUAGCUUGAACUUAGCUAGUCUCUAUUUUUGUGUGUAUCUACUCAUGCAUCAGCAAGUAAAAUGUAAUAUCCUUCUGCUUAGGGACAUAACCACAUUCUUCAAAUUUUCAAUCAUAAACAAAGAGUAAAUAACUUUGAACCACAAAAAUCUUUAUUCACUACCCACCUCAGCAAACAUGCUUCCUUUGCAUAUAUGUAGUGGGCAUUCAAAUCACUGUUAGUCACUCACACAUUUGAUGAGGGCGAAUUUUAGCAGCCAGUUCUACUUUAACAUGCACUAUUCCAGAGGGGCCAGAAUAGAGUAAGUUGGACACAGUUUGUGCAAGAAUUUGACGAAGCAUGUCAGAAAAGAUGAAAAUAUCCGGCAUGGAAAACUAAUCUAGCAUUUAAAUCCAGAGUUCCUGUAAAUACAUCUUCAUAUGCAAUCAUGGGACUUUAGGUCUGAAAAUGAACAAGCCCUGGAUUAAAACACAGAACACACACAUGGACAAUACUACUGGCUUUAAUUUUUGCUGACUAUCUGCCAAGAGCUCCCAAUCCUACCUCUUACCAGCAGAGGGCCCCUUAACCCCCAGCUGUGAAAAUCAAGUGAUAAUGCUUUUUUGAGAAUGAUCAGAUACAGCAUGUAAGGCAAACAUACUCUGUACUUUCUGAGACUGUCCUCAGCCUUCAGCCCCCAGAACCCCACCCCAUUCUAACAGCCAAGAGAGCAAAGACCCCCGCAUAGGUUUAAGGUCAGAGUAGUCGUCUUAAUCCUGCUCUGUGAAGUAGCCACACAGGAAUCUGGUGCCUGUGGGAAAACUAUUUACUGCUCACUAAAAAUCAAGGAGCCAGCUAAAGAUUUAAAUGGUGAGUACCUAGCUUUUGUGCCUCCACAGUGCAUUCUUUAGAAGUCAGGAAAAUGAUUAAACCCCAUCAUUGGUCCUCCUCUGCACAUAAUAGCAUUGAAAUUUAAGUCAGGAUAACUGGGGAAAUAAAAAAACUAAACCUAUAUAGGAAAACCAGAAAGCCCCUAUCUAUUUUAUAUAUAUAUAUUUAAAGAUUUAUUCAUACAAGCACUGGGUACAGUCAGAAGCGUGAGAGGGUGAGAGAAUUCACCAGAGCCAGAGCGGGGAGCAGAACAGGCAGAAGGACUGAAGUACACUGCUGAGGGGAGCAGCAGGCGGCAGGAUAGGUCUGCGCACCAUGUGGGACCCUUGCCGGCGGCCGGGGAUUGAACCGGCGCUGCAGAGGCUGCGGGCAGCUUCACAGUCCGGUGCUCAACCACUGCGCCACCAGGGGAGGCCCCUGUCUAUUAUAUUUUUAAAAUCAACCCUUUACUAUCUGUUUCUUUUUCUGUACAUAUGUGUUACUCCAUAACAAGAUAUAUAAAAUGAACUCAAACUUAAGGUUGUUGGGGCACUUCUCAUAGACUAAAAUCUGUUUGCCAGGCUUGAAGACUUAUUUUAGUCAAUGUUAGCAUGGUGACUAGCAUAAAACCGGUUGAAUUAUGUUAUUAUUUUGUACCAUAGGACAGAGUUAGUGUUUUCUUUUGGGAGUGGGGACCAAAAACCUCAGAACAAGAUAAAACAACUAUUCUUUAAAACAGACUGAUACUGACAGGAUUAUAAAAAGAAACUUAGUUUUUAAGGCAAAAUUACUUAAACCACCAUGCUAUAAAUUCCAUUAAAUAUCCACUAUCAAUGAAAUAAGUAUGCUAAAUAUUGUAAAGUAUCUACAAUAUGAAAUAGUUUUAGGCUGUUUUAAUUUUUAGAUAAGACACAUUAUACCUUUUACUCUUUGGUUCCAUACUUAUAAUACAUUAUCACACAAACUCUAGCUUUGAAAUAC